UGCUCCUCCGCCGUCGCCAUGUGAGCCCCUCUCGAAAACCGCGAAGGAUCUCAAUGUCGAACCCCCCAGACUGAGAGAGAUCUCCUCCUCCCUCCGCUCGCAUCACCCGGAAGCUUCUUCCUCUGCUUUCUCUCGUCAGCAUCUCCUUGCCCCCUUCUUUCAUGUUUGCACUGUGGAUUUUGAUCGGUUAGCUUGGGGUUUUGGUGGUUCCUCCUAUGGCCGCCAGGAACCUGAAAAAUCUCAUCUUUUGAUGAACCUCUGGUGUUUCCCCUGCUUUUCUACGCUUGCGAAGCUUCCUUUAACGCUGCUACUACACUUUUUGAAUCGUGGCAACUGAUGUUUGGGAUAAGACACCGUCCAACAUUCGAGAAGAAUGGGUUGCACUUCGUCUAUUCCGAAAAGGUAUCCUAUGGGAAGGAAGAAGAAAAAGCACAUCAGCAUCCAUGAGGUUGCGGUAUUUGUCCCAGCGGUCCGGGUUCCUGUGGCUGUGGAUCUCAUUCGCCCUCUUAGAGGAUUGGUACCUCAAGAUCUUCUUGACAAGCUGUCUGCACUUCGGGGUCGAAUAGUGUUGCUGACUGAAGAGAAUUAUCUUUCAUCAGUACCUACUGUUUCAGAACUCCAGCGAGCCCUCGAAGAAUACCUACGGGUCCUUCUUGGUAUGUUGAAACCAGAACACCGGCUUGAGGCAUCAGUAGAAUUUAAGUGGAAAAGCCUUGGAGAUGAUGGUCAUGAAACUUGUCUUGCGAGUGCUUGGUAUGAAGUGCUGUCAGUCGUUCAUAUGAUGGCAAUUCUUUCAUUACUGGAGGCGAACCUAAUGCUCGUGCCUAAGGAUAGUCUAGAUUCAUGUGAAAGGAAAGUAUCAGAAGAUUCAAAGAGGGUUGCUAUUGAUUUUUUACUCAAGGCUUCAGGAUGCUUGGAGUACUGUGUUCACCAGAUACUGGUGCAUUUACCGAUGCAGAUAAGGAAAAGUCUGCCAAACGACUUGCAAGAUGGAAUAUUGGAGUCUAUCUCUUCUCAAGCAUUGGCCCAGGGUGUUGAAAUGCAGCUGGGGUUGGCAAUCGAGUCUGAAAAGGCUACUUUGUCUGUAAAGAGGAGGUUGGCCUGUGAGGAGGUCAGCUAUUUUUCCGAGGCUCACAACUGGUUGUCAGGGUGUGACACCAGCGAUGCAUAUGGGAAGAAACUUCUCCUGUACAUUAAGUGGAAAUACCUGGAGGCUAAGGCAGCAGCAUAUUAUUACCAUGGUCUUAUCAUCGACAAGGGCAGUGAACUGAGCAAUCAUGUCAGUGCAGUUUGCUGCCUGUUUGCAGCUGAUGAACUCCUCAUUGCUAGCAAGAGAGCCAGCUUAAGCUUUUGCCUCGCAGCCCCUGUUACCAGGGUUCCUCCUACAUGGGGUGUCAUGAAGCACUUACACAAGAAAAUUCCUGAAGUGGUGUCCAAGAAAUCACAGAUGUACGGAUAUCUUUUUGAGCAAGAUAAGAACGAGGCUUUUCAAGCCUUGCCAGAUCUUCCAGAGUUUCCCCUGUCCUUGAGGCCUGACGACUAUGAGUUGCCAGAGAUUGAUGCAGCAUGGAACAGUCAGAAUUGCCAACCUCAGAUUCAAACUCUCAAGGCUUAUCUCAAAGAUGAUGAGGAAGAUGUGGGUUCACAUUGAACUGUAGCUUUCUUGUCCGUCAUGACUAUUGGCAAAUUGCAUUUUGAUUGAUGACCUUUAUCUUGUAUUUAUUUAUCGUUAGCACAGUACAGAUACCCGCUAGACUGUGAUGAUAUCAUUGAUGAAUUCGCAGCUGACUGACAAUGUUUGCAUUCUAA